AUGACAAAAUCAAGAAAGCAGAAGCAAAAAAAGCAAGAUUUUUUGAGAAAAAAGUUAAAAGUCGGUAAGCCAAAGGAAAAAGCGAGGAAUGCUACAGAUACGUCUUUUGUUUCCAAAACCAUCUCUAUUAGAAAUCAACAUCUAGACCAAGAUCCACAUGAUCUUACGAAACGAUUAACACUCUUAAAGCACCACAACAUCAAUGUGAGAAAGGAAACAUUAAUAACAUUCCAGAAAUCAAUACCGUCUAUAAUAAAAUCACGGCUCAUGACACCAUUGCUUACUCAAAGUAUACCGUUAAUUUGUGAUGAAUCACAGCAAGUACGUCAGGGACUUAUUGAUCUCAUAGAUGAAAUAGGAAGCCAUGAUGCUGAAAUUUUAAAGUUGCACUGCAACAUUUUUGUCUUAUACAUUAAUAUGGCGAUGACACAUAUCGUCACACAAAUUCAAGCAGACUCUACUAAGUUUCUCUCUCACUUACUGAAGUAUUGCGGCGAUGAAGUAGUAAGGAAAUCCUGGGUCAAACUUUUGAAUGGCGUCUUUGGAGUUCUCGGUUGGGGUCAGGUAGGUAAGAAUGAAAGCGCUAGCAUAGUGCAAACUAAGAAGCGAAAUGCCAAGUAUGUCGCUAUUCACCUCAAUGCUCUGUACACUCUUGUUGAAUACGGAUGCCAAGAUGAACGUGCUAGAGGCGAAGCAGGCACAGCAGAGCUUGCAGAGGACAGUUGUAAGUUACGAAACCCAUAUUUAAUUCCAGACUAUCCUCAGCCGUUUGACCACCUAAAACUGUUUACUAGAGAAUUGAAAGUUAAGGAUGCUGCUUCCAAUGGAACGAACGCCACGCUAAUGUCGUUGGCUACGCAGGAUAUCGAUACCCGAAAAGUGGCUUUCAGCGAACAGUUUUUGCCCAUAGUACGCAAGCAAAUCGAAAUCAUCAUCAAGGAAGGUGGCGAAUGUGGUAAAAGUGCAAAUAAGCUUAAAAGGCUGCUUGUCAAAAUCUUCGACUAA